CUAAUCCGUUGAUAUUCUGUUUGUUUCCCGGGAAAUCUGAACUCAUCGGGUUGUAGCAAAUAGUCCGGCUUCGCUUUUUUGUGUUCCAAAUGGGAUGAACGAAGCUUUCAAUUGAAUAGCGCAGGGUUUCAGUUUUCUGCACAGUACUUAGUUUGCUUUGUCUCUGUCUUUUCAGAUUUCGGUUUUGGGUGCCGGUGUAAAUCUAUAUCCAUUUCGCAAUGGCGAUAGAAAGGAUUCUUAAAGACGAUGCUAGUGAAGAGAAAGGAGAGCGUGCCAGAAUGGCAUCUUUUGUUGGUGCUAUGGCCAUUGCUGAUCUUGUCAAGACAACACUGGGUCCUAAGGGGAUGGACAAGAUCCUGCAGUCUACUGGAAGAGGUCAAUCAGUGACUGUGACCAAUGAUGGAGCUACCAUCUUGAAGUCUCUUCACAUUGACAACCCCGCAGCCAAAGUUCUUGUUGACAUUUCAAAAGUUCAAGAUGAUGAAGUUGGGGAUGGGACAACUUCUGUAGUUGUUUUGGCUGGUGAACUAUUGAGGGAGGCUGAAAAACUAGUUGCAUCAAAGAUCCACCCAAUGACCAUUAUAGAAGGGUUUCGAAUGGCAGCAAAGUGUGCUCGAGAGGCUCUGCUGAAAAGGGUUGUGGAUAAUAAAACAAAUGAAGAGAAGUUCAAGAUGGACUUGAUGAAGAUUGCAAAGACAACUUUGAGUUCAAAAAUAUUAUCACAAGAUAAGGAACAUUUUGCCAAGUUGGCUGUUGAUGCUGUUUUGAGGCUAAAGGGCAGCACAAACUUAGAAUCCAUCCAAAUUAUCAAGAAGCCUGGUGGUUCCCUUAAGGAUUCAUUCUUGGAUGAAGGGUUUAUUCUUGACAAGAAAAUCGGAAUUGGACAACCAAAGCGGAUUGAAAAUGCCAAUAUUUUGGUGGCCAACACUGCAAUGGACACGGAUAAAGUAAAGAUCUAUGGUGCACGUGUUCGUGUUGAUUCAAUGGCUAAGGUUGCUGAUAUUGAAGCAGCUGAAAAGCAGAAGAUGAGAGAAAAGGUGGACAAGAUCCUAGCCCAUGGGAUUAAUUGCUUUGUUAACCGGCAGUUGAUUUACAAUUUCCCCGAAGAACUCUUUGCAAAUGCUGGAGUACUCGCAAUUGAGCAUGCUGAUUUCGAUGGGAUUGAACGGCUAGCUUUAGUUACAGGUGGUGAAAUUGCCUCAACUUUUGACAAUCCUGAGUCUGUUAAGCUUGGACACUGUAAGCUUAUUGAGGAAAUUAUGAUUGGAGAGGACAAGCUAAUUAAAUUCUCUGGCGUUGAGAUGGGCCAGGCAUGCACUGUUGUACUGCGGGGUGCAAGUCAUCAUGUGCUCGAUGAGGCAGAGAGGUCACUACACGACGCCCUCUGUGUGUUAUCACAGACCGUGAAUGAUAGCCGGGUUUUGUUUGGAGGCGGAUGGCCAGAAAUGGUGAUGGCUAAGGCAGUAGAUGAGCUUGCUCGAACGACCCCGGGGAAGAGGUCUCAUGCCAUUGAGGCUUUCUCCAAGGCUCUAGUGGCUAUUCCAACCACCAUUGCAGAUAAUGCUGGUUUAGACAGUGCUGAGCUAGUAGCCCGGCUUAGAGCAGAGCACAACAAGGAGGAAUCUAAUGCUGGGAUCGAUGUCAUCUCUGGAUCUGUAGGAGAUAUGUCAGAACUAGGGAUUUCAGAGGCAUUCAAGGUUAAGCAAGCGGUACUGCUUUCUGCAACUGAGGCUGCUGAAAUGAUCCUCAGGGUAGAUGAGAUCAUCACUUGCGCGCCACGAAGGAGAGAGGAUAGAAUGUAAAACAUGAUUGGGCCUGUUGUUUCUCUCUGGAGGAAUGGGGCUCUUGCCAUUUUGGCCAAUCAAUCUUAUGCACUGAAUUGUUGUUUAACCGUCAGAUUGUUGAACUGAUCACUUCCCCAAUCCUCCCCCAGUUUUUCGUGAUGUUGGUAUCUGUUGCGGUAUGGAACUCCUGUUUUUGUAUUGAUCGAAUUCUAAAUUCGUGUAUUGACAUGUGGACAGUCUCGUGUCUACAUAAUUUUGGUCUUCGAAAGUAGCUGCGAUCAUUCUUACGAUUUAAUGUCAGCUCAUAGUUGUUUCUAUUAGUUAGGAAUUUGCUGUAGUUACAGUAACUGCGAUAGUCUGAUGGUAGAGGACUCUUCAAGUUAGGGUGGGAAAAUUUUCACAUUUAUUAAAUGAAAGCUUUAGUAACAUUAGGAGGCUCUGUCAGCC